AUGACGCGAGAAAGAUAUUUCGCCUGGAUCCGUAUGGCACAGAAGAGUAACGUGAAUAUGAUCCGCGUCUGGGGAGGCGGGUACUACGAAACCGAAGAUUUCUGGGAUGCGUGUGACGAGCACGGAAUCAUGAUUUGGCAGGAUUAUAUGCUCGCAUGCGACCAUCCGUUUGCCCCGCAUGUGCAGUAUUGGGCUAAUUCGCCGUGGGGUGGACCAACUGCUAACGACGAGACGAUUGGUGACGUGCAUCAAUGGGAUGUAUGGCAUGGAAAACAACUUGCUUACCAGGACUAUCACACACUUUCCGGCCGCUUCAUAUCAGAGUUCGGUAUGCAUGGAUACCCUGACAUGCGCACAGUGAAUGUGUUCUGCCCCGAUCCAGCAGACCGUCAUCCUCAAUCUCAAACCAUCGAUUGCCAUAAUAAGGGCGAAGGCGCAGAGAAGAGAAUUGCCAGAUACAUGGCCGAGAACUUCCGGUACACAAACGACCUUGAGAUCUAUGCGUACGUCAGUCAGUUGGUGCAGAGUGAAGCUUAUGGUUUGAACGAAAUUUUCGCUCACAACACUACCACUGAAAAACAGGACUUUAUCUUAGUCAUCAAGGCAUUUGAUUUAUAUACUGAAAAUUUUGUUGAAUACGAAAAUGAUUCCCGUCAGGUCUCCUUGUUGCCUGGACAGAAUACGGACCUCGGAACACUCACCAACCCCAGUGCAGUGGACGCAGAUAGUCUCAUCAUUCUAUCGGCAAAUCUGAUUGAUGGCAACGGAGCUGUUGUUGCACGAUUUGUAGACUGGCCUGAACCGUUCCGCUACUUGAACUGGCCAAAGGGAACCAAGCUUACUACUACAAUUCUGACUAGGCCUGAGGCUGAUGGUUGGGAGACUGUAGAGAUUGAGUCUAAUAACCCCAUCAAGGGUUUUUUACUGGACGUCGAGAGCGGUGAAAUGCCCGAGUGGGAGGACAAUAUGGUUGAUUUGCUACCUGGUGACAAAGUUCAGGUCAGAGUCAAGUGUCUGGAAGGCAGGAAAAUUACGUUUAGAUGGUUGAGUGACUGGGAGCACAAAUAG